AUGGAAUUUGUUCUCCUUUUCCAACCUUUUCUACUUGUAUUUACCAUAUUUCUAUCUCUUUUCUUUCUCUUUUAUGUGUUGAGAACCAAACCCACCUCCCAAAAACUUCAACUCCCUCCAGGGAGCUCAGGUUGGCCCUUCAUUGGUGAAACUCUUGAAUUUCUUUCAUUGGCCAAGAAGAAUUGCAUUGAAAAAUUCAUUUCUGACAGGCAAAACAAGUACUCCUCCUACAACCUUUUCAAGACCUCAUAUAUUGGUGAAAAUUUCGUGUUUUUAUGCAGCACAGAGGCAAAUAAAUUCUUUUUCUCCAAUGACACCAAGCUUUUCAAGACUUGGUUCCCCAAAAACUUUGACAAAAUCUUUCUCCACAUUCAUAAACUAGAUGUCACAAAUGAAAUUGCGAAAAUCCGCAAACAAACUUCCACCUUAUUCGGUCAGCACGACGCUCUCCAAAAUAAUGUAACAUACAUAGAUGCUGUAGCCAAAGAGCAUUUGAAAGUGCAUUGGAAUCGGGAAGAGGUUAAGGUUCAUCCUCUAGCAAAGAAAUUCACGUUAGCCAUAUCGUUGAGAUCGAUUUUAAACAUUCAGGAUUCGGAAACUGUGAAAGAACUGGAGAAUUUGUUUAACUGCUUAAUGACUGGGAUGUUUUCGUUGCCUAUAAACAUUCCAGGGACAAAAUUUAACCGUGCCAUUAAAGCAUCAAGGGAAAUUCGGAAGAAGUUUGAGGGUAUUAUUAGGCAAAGGAAGAUUGAAGUUUCGGAGAAGAGUAAAAAAUCAUUUGAUUCAUCAAAAGACUUGUUGUCAAUGUUACUAAUGGACGGAGACAAGAAUGAAGAAGGCGCGGUUGAAUCGGAUGUUGCCAGUAAUUUAUGUGGAUACUUUGUUGCUGCCUAUGACAAUACAAGCACAACCAUUGUUACCAUUGUAAAAUAUCUGGCUGAGUUACCUGAAGUGUAUGAACAAGUCUAUCAAGAGCAAAUGGUGAUAGCAAAUUCUAAAGGACCGGGGGAGCUUUUGAAUUUGGAGGACAUAAAUAAGAUGAAGUACUCUUGGAAUGUUGCAAGUGAAGUGUUGAGAUUGCAACCACCAUUUUCAGGAUUGUUCAGAGAAGUUCUUACUGACUUCAACUACGAUGGAUUUCUAAUUCCCAAGGGAUGGAAGGUACAUCUGACUGUGCACGCCACCCAUAAAAGCUCAAAAUAUUUUCAAGAUCCAGAAAAAUUUGACCCUUCAAGGUUUGAGGAAAAUAAGCUAGUUCCUUUCUCAUAUAUUCCAUUUGGAAGAGGUCCUCACAUGUGUCCUGGAAAAGAGCAUGCCAAAUUACAAAUACUUGUUCUGAUGCAUAAUUUAGUCAAAACAUUUAGAUGGGAGAAAUUAAUCCCAGAUGAACCAUUGAUCAGGGACCCCAUCUUAGCUCCGGCCAAAGGCCUUCCGGUUCGCCUUUAUCGUCACAAACCGUAGCCGGAGUUAGCAUAUUAAAUUAAAGUGUACGAAUUUGUAUUGGCUUUGUUAUAAAUCUGUGCUAUUUUUAAUCAUUUUUCAAUUGAAAUAUGAAGAAGU